CGUAUCCAAGUGGGUUCGACGCGUCACUUCUUCCCCUGAGAAGGCGUCGUAAGCGUUUCUAUUCUGACUAUAAAAAGACGAUCACUUUCAUUCUUUACCGGAUAACGACAUGGAAGAAGAGAUGUCUUCCUAUCCUGAUAGUCUUCCAGACGAAAUGUCCUAUCCUGCCUCUAACGACAAGGAGAGUUUGGCCUUGCAAAGCUAUCUCGACUCUGUUCCUUAUGCUUGUGAAAGCAACGAAGCCAUGCAAGCCAAGUUGGACGAGAUUGUUGGGAAAAUAUUCAUCUGUGCCAGAACCCAGAACUGGUUCACAAUGACGACGUGGGAUGGGAUGCUACAAUGCUGGCUCUCGAUGCGAUACCCGUUGAAGAAAACCACUCGUGCCAAGCUUGUCCGUCUGUACUAUGAACUAUGUACACUACCUGGACUGGAUCCUCGAGUGUCUCGCUCGUGGGCUGAUAUGGUCUCCCGACUUCUCUCGAAUAAACCAGGAUCUAAACCCAAGUUGGAGUCCAGCGACCUGGAAUUAUCGUGGAAGCCACUUUGGCGAGCGCUUAAGAAGGAGCUAUGGCCAAAGAAACGGAUCGAAGACACAUCGCGGAACCUCGUUAACAUCUUGCUUUACGUGGCGGAACAAUGCAAACGAUAUUACCCGGUCGACGAAAUUCAGCCCAUGCUUGACACAUUUCUCCCUCUACUGACGCAAGAUACAAUCCUGACAAUGAUACCCGUCCUCACUUCAUUUCUUCCGCCCAAGAAUUGUCGUGCGUACAUACCGGCACUUUUCAAAGUCUGGCAAGCAUUCAAUUCAUCUGUGUUGGAUGAUCGAUUCCUCGAACUCGCUGGUGAGCUUGCACAGGAACAUGUGGCAGGAAGCGAGGGUGUUCUCUGGAAUAGUGUUGGGAUUUGGACCGCGGCGGAGUGGGAUGUACUAAUUGGCAAGGCAUUAGGUUCAAUGAACGUUCCCGUUGGGAUUUCUCGAGGGUCCUCUACUACCGCAGGCCAUGCAGACUACAUUUUCAACAAAUCGACCAGGAUAAAGAAGGCAAUAAACCGGCAAGACGCAAUAGCCAAAAUCUUAGUAUACUCGAUGGCGGUCGAUGGCCCCGUCAGAGAAAGUGCAGCAUCAACCCCCAACGCAAGUACGUCACUCGCCCAGAAUGGCUAUGUUGCAGGCUCCAAGGCGGUAGACUCUCUGGAACGUCUAAUAACAAGUACCGAAACAUUUUUUCACCCAUCCAAUCAUGGAAUAUGGACCCCUGCACUUACUAACUUCUUACAACGCGUCACAUCGGAACUUAUGCACCGAGUCAAGGAGGAAGGACAAACAAAAUCCAAGACUCCUGUGGCUCAACGACUAACGUCUGCGAUUAGAAAAGCGGUUGUUUCUAUCGUGCGAACUCCAGCCUUGCUUGCUAUGUUCUCCAAAGAUCCUGUCAGUAUGGGAUAUGCUCAGUCAUCUUUGCGAGCGAUGGCCUUACUGGAACCCGGCUUGAUUAUGCCUGAGCUCUUAGAGAGAGCUUAUGGUGGACUAGAAGUCGUAAACGAAACACAUCGGACAACUGCUGUGCUGGGCAUGCUUAAUGGUAUUGCCCGUCCGUUGGCCACCGAAUCCAUUUGGUUGGGAGGUCAAAAACAUAUCGUACCGCUGCUCGAACUUUGUAUACCUGGAAUCGACGUCAAUGAUCCAGCAAAGACAUUAUGUACAUCGACGUUCAUCGUUGGUGUGAUACAAAAUAUCCGUGUCGGCGAUCUCUCCAUCCACCAGUCAGGAAUGCCACUCACUGAUGAUUCUAUCGCUCCGAUGGACAUUGAUGAAGAUCAGACACAACUACCGACCGGCAUAGAAAAUGGCAUGCCUGCACUCAGCAAAGAGGAAGAAAGAGCACUCGUACGAGACAGCACGGCAGUCUUUGCUGACUGGGUUACUUCAUUAUUCCGCCGUGUUCUUGCAUUAUAUGAAAAUCUUCCCGAGGAAGGAGGAAGGCGAAACACUACUGGUGGUAAAAUUGAGGAGGGCCUCCUUAGGUCGAUCAAGAAUAUGAUGGACGUUGUCUGCGUUCAUCUCUCUGAUCAGCUGUUCGAUCUCGUAUUGAAUUUAGUAUAUGACUAUGCAACGACGAACGCCAAAGCCAACGCGGUGAAGGCAUUUGGACAGCUCGUCGCCUGUUUGGCACGAGCUCAUCCGGAAAAGACGAUAUCCAAAUUCUUGCCUUUCUGCACGUCGCAGAUAGUAGACGAGUUGAAGCACGGUGCAUCUAGUGUUCGAACCACCUCCUCCCACGCAGCGGUGGCAUCAGAUACUACCUUGCAUUGGAAUUUAUCUAUCCUGAAGGGGUGCCUCGGAUACGGAGAAACAUUGCUUCUAAAGAAUCAAGAACGCAUAAUCGACUUGGUUCUUCUACUGAUAGACAAGACCAGAAGCGAGAGGGGUUACAGUAGCACAGGCCAGCUCAUCACACGUGUCCUAUAUACAUUGGUCGGGGUUUACCCACUCAAUGGUCGAUUCGUAAACGGAGAAGAAUGGUCCAGUAACAACCUCGAAAAAGAUCAUAAUUUAUAUUGGGGAAAAUUCUACAGACCUGAAGACGUGGAGGUCGAAUGGCAUGUACCGUCUCGUGAAGAAAUUCAAUUUGUUUUAGAAUUCCUGGAUCGAGUCGCUUCCCCUACGCUUGACAAAAUCGAACAGCUGCUGCAGGUCACGUCAUCCUGGGACAAUGCAAGCCGCAAUGAUUUCUGUAGAUACUUGCAAACGUGCCGCGCUAUUUGGGCAGGACUUCCCACGUUCAUUAAGGAAGGUCCGAAGGAUGUUGUCAAUCAUCGAGUAUAUGAAGAUGUGGAGUCUUUUCAACUCAUUGUCCCUCACCUCAACGUUGAGGCUGGGUUCACUCUAUGCGACGCAAGUGAUCCUCGAUAUCAGAAAGCCUUGAACCACAGGGUCCGCUUCGGAGAAGUGAUCAGGAAGUGCGCCGAGAGACUGCGACCGAAAGAGGAGGGGGAGGAUCAUAUCGAUGCUGUAAUGGCUAUAUCUAAAGCCAUUGAUGUCUAUCUUCUCGACUAUGGCCUUACAAAGGGACGCUUAGAUGCAUUACAGAAAAGUUACGUAGCCGCUCGAGACAUGAACCGAAUGUGGCCUCGGCAGAUCGAAAACUCGCGGCUAGUGUUCCUGAAGCGAGCACAGUUUUACCAUAGCAGCAGAGUAUACAUGCAUUCCCUUUACCGUCGUAGAAACGCACUUGAUGACGCCCUCAUUACUCAACUCGUGGAGCUUUCCCUCUCUCCAUACACGAAGGUCCGGCGACAUGCGCAGCCCGUAUUACAGAGUGCGUUUGCAUGCUUUGUUCGGUCCACCCGCUUUGCUCUUCCAAUCCUUCUCCAAGCACUGUCGAAAGGCAAUGAUCCCGAUCGUAUGAAAGGUGCACUCUACGUGCUGUCUAAUAAAGGAAUUGCUUCAUAUGCUCUCACUGACUUGGAGUUCCAUCGGCAAUUUCUCGUUUCUUUAUUAGACUGUCAACACGAGGAAAAACCAUCGAUUCAGAAACUGGUAGCGAGUACGGCCCACGAAUGCAACGCUCACCUGGGUGAGGAUGUCUCGCAUACCGAUGCGUAUUCCCUUCGCAUACCUACGGUCGAUCAGGCACUGGAUGAACUCAUGCAGGAAUUCUCCACUUCUGCUGUCGACCUCCAAUUACUCAAGGAGGCUGAAUCUAAAAUACCGGCCCGAAUAGCGAGAAGGCGUAACAUCUACCAAGAAACAGUGUCCUCUGUAUUGGAUGUCGCACAGCGGACAGAAACACACUGGAGAUAUAUUCACAUGUCGGUUCGGUUCUUGUAUGGCCUAUUGCGGCGAGACGUAGCCUUGCCGCCAGAAUUUCACGAAUUUUUCAUGCGGAAUAUCCUGAGCCCACAGAUAUCUAUCCGAGCCAACUGCACACGCGCAAUGACGAAACUCAUGGCAUUCAUCAAGUACCGAUCAUAUUCUAACGGAGCGGAGGAGUUGUGGCGAGAAGAAUGGAACAACCCCCUGGUAGAGUCAAUUGAUGUAUCGAAAGCUCGGCCCUACCUCGAAAGUAGCAGCUUCCUCAAGCAAAGCGGUGAUGCGCAUUUCUUCAUCGAUAAAAUUCAAACCGGCUUUCUGGCAUGGAAGGCGACUCUCAAGGGAUAUAAGGUUCCAACGGAAGACAGCCUGAUACAAUGGGAACUUGACUCGUCUUCGACUCUACGAAAAAUAAAUGAGAUAACCGGCGGCGCUGACUUCUUUGAUAAAUUGGCCGCAUUAUGGAGUCAGGAAUCGAGCAAAGCUAAUGCAAGCAUGGAGUUGCGGUCUGAUCACGUUUUGUUUAUCAAGGGCUUAGCCAAGACGUCAGGUGGAAAAGUCCUUGAGCGAUUAUUCAAAGUUAUUGAACCUUUGAUAUCUGACUCUGACAAGUACAAGCAACGGGCUGGGGGUGAAUUUUUGACCGGUCUCCUCCGAGGUUCCAAACAUUGGCCACCGUCGGAGUCGCAGAUACUAUGGCGGUGGACAAGUGAUCGAUUACCCACAAUUUACACCAACAUCAAGCCCGAGACUUUGCUAUUCUGGGAGAGUGUAUUCAGCUAUGUGUUGGAAGAGAGAGACCCUCGCAGAAAUCGGCCCUUGGUGGACUGGAUUCUUGGCUUAUCCAUCGACUUCAAUGCCGACUCGGCGUUUGCAAUGAAUAAAACCCUCACCAUUUUCACGACUUUGGUGGAGAAUCUUGGCAUGUUAUUCAACCCUCUAUCCGAUCGUUAUGUCAAUCUCCUCUUCGAAAAUGCAAACACUAGUUACGCUGAGAUGCGAACACAUCUGGCUACUCUGCUAUACACGAUGAUGAGAAACCAGUGGCGUCCAGCACAUGCCUCUGUUGAAGAUUUCUUAAAAGCGUGCCACGAUAGAGGAGAUCCGUUACGUAUUCGGGAUGCUCCUUACAAGGACCGAAUGACACACUUUGCAACUCAGUUGGCGAAGUGGAGAGCUGAACGGUUACCGCCCCCCAGAGUUAGCUUGUCAGAGUACGACAAAGUCGGAUUGACUUUGCUACAAUGGAUAUGGGUAUCUGCGCAUGGUGCACAGGCAUCAUUGGUCUUUCCAUAUGCCGUCGCGUUGAUGCCAGAAAUAAUACGUAUGUCUGAACUAAAUGACAAUCCCGACCUACAGAAUUAUAGUACUGCGGUACAAUAUGUGUUGUCUGCCAUCACGCCGUUGUCCGACUACAUUCCCACGAUCUUGGAUACGUUUGCGGGGGCUAUCAAGUCGUCAGAAUCCUGGCGUAUCCGACAUCACACACUCCCUGCAAUGAUCGUUUUCUUUUAUCGCAACCUCCUCUAUAUACCACCUGAAGGGGUAUCGAGGGUUAUGGAAGUGUUACUGGAAUGUUUGGCUGAUGAGAAUGUGGAAGUGAGGGAGAUGGCUUCAAAGAUGUUGAGUGGGGUCGUGAGAUGUUCACAGCGUCAAAGCAUCGUUCCGCUCAAGAACAGGUUUAUCUCUAUAAUCCACAAAACCACCAUUCCACCUCGUAAGGACCCAAACUACACACUAGCGCUGAGGAAAAUACACUCUGCGAUAUUGGGCGUUUGUGCGCUGAUCGAGAGCUUCCCGUAUUCGGUGGAGAAGUGGAUGCCGCCUCUGACCGAGGUUUUGGCUGCCCAUGCCACCGAUCCUCCACCCAUAUCAACGACGAUUCGAAAGUGUGCGUCGGAAUUUAAGAAGACUCAUCAGGACACUUGGCACAAGGACCAGCAAGCCUUCGAUGAAGAUCAACUACAGAAUUUGUCUACGAUGCUGGUCGGGACUUCAUACUAUGCCUGAGAUUUUAACGUCACAAGGAUGUAUAGUUUAAUCGAUUCAAGUAGGAAACGUGCUCGUACAUGUUCUGAUUGUUCUCGGUCAAUGUUCAAUUCAGUGAUUUGUCCGAACGGAACAUGUUGAAAACACGAGUUGGUUGGCGCUAAGUAAGAUCGAUUGUGAACGUGAAGGGUAACCCUGACGGUGGUGGAACUGGUGUUUCGAUGCCCAGCAUGCGUUCCACAUGUGCUUCGCGACCCCGUCCCCGCGGUGUAAGGAGGGAUGUUUCGAUCGAGAACUCAAGGUCCUCACAUUUCCUGGUAACGUGGAAGUAGAGUCGACUUAUUGUGUACAUGACAGCUGGAUUUUAGGGUCACCGGGGACGUUUGCAUCCGUGUAACCUUUCACAGGCCCGCCAACAUUCUGCCACUUGUUACAAAGUUAAACUUCAAUUUCCGCUCGAACGGUGACCACUAGACUGAGUUUGACUCAUGUCUGUUUCCCCCUUGAGUGCAACACAGGGGGGCCGCAUACCCUUCAGUCAUCGGUAGUGGUGAAGGUGGGCCGUACAAUGUACCAAAUCGUAGUUUUGAAUCAAGCGUCUAGGCUGUUUUGACUCCCCAACCGACGCGGUGGUUUGCCGCCUGUGAAAGGUAAAUUAGAUCACGAAAACGAGGAAGGAUCACCAUGCCGGCAUUCAUAAGAAUAUCAAGCGGGCAU